UCUUGUUCACAUGCGAAAUGGCAGCUCUUUUUGACACCGAAGGCUAAACACGGGGACAUGAAGAAGAACGGUGCUGUAUCUUCGUCUAGAAGAAAAUGCCGUAAGGCUCACUUUUCUGCCCCAAGUAGUGUCCGUAGAAAGUUAAUGAGUGCUCCACUAUCUAAAGAACUUAGACAAAAAUACGCAGUGAGAUCUAUUCCAGUUAGAAAAGACGAUGAAGUACUCGUAACUCGAGGCCCUUUCAAAAGUGCUCAAGCUGGUAAAGUGAUCAGCGUAUAUAGAAAAAAAUGGGUAUUACAUAUUGAAAGAGUACAGAGAGAAAAAGCAAAUGGUGCUACUGUUAGCGUUGGUAUUCACCCAAGCAAGGUUGAAGUUGUACGUUUAAAAAUGGACAGAGAUCGAAAGAAGAUUCUCGACAGAAAAAACCGUGUCAAGUUACAAGAAAAAGCCAAGGGAAAGCAUACAGAAGAGGAUGUUGCAAUGGCCACUGCGGAAUAAGGUGAUACAAGACUUAGACAGAAUUAAACAACAACAACGACAACAA